AUGCAGAACGGGACUCACAAAGAGCAGAUUGUGCAGGUGUCGUUGGUACCCACGGGGCAACUCUUCUUGCCAGACAAAUGGAUCCUUGCUGGAGCAGACCUUGCGGCAAAGACGCUGUAUCCGGACUACAGUUUCUAUGUCCACCAUCAGGCAAGCGGACAAAGUCUUAUGUUUGAUUUGGGUAUUCGCAAGGACUUGGAAGCAUACCCUAGAUGCAUUCGAGAAGAAUUUGUUCUCACCGAACCUCGAGUACCCAAAAGUGCCGCUGAAUUGCUCGACGAGGCAGGCAUCCCGGCCACAUCGAUCAAUUAUGUGGUCUAUAGUCAUCUUCACUUUGACCAUGUCGGAAAUCCAGGAGAAUUUCCGCACAGCCAGGUUGUGGUAGGGCCAGGCUCAAAGGCUGCUUCAUACCCAGGUUACCCAACAAAUCCAGAUUCGCCUUUCUUAGGUUCCAUCCUCGAACAUCCCAGUGUCCGCGAACUUUCAUACGACGAAGAUCAAUGGAUACCAUUCGGUCCGUUCCCCAAGGCGUUCGACUUCUUCGGUGACGGGAGCUUUCUCCUCCUCGAUGCGCCUGGACAUAUGCCGGGCCAUUUGAUGGGGCUCGCUCGUACAGGAGUGGACGAAUAUGUGGUCAUGGGUGGUGACUGUUGCCACCACCGGAAGAUUUUUACUGGCGAGGGCAUGCUAGGCGAAGGACACGGACCCAAUGGGGCAUAUUCCAUGCACAAGGACCUUGAAACAGCCAAAGCGACGAUAGGCAAGCUCCACGAAAUCAGUCAGAGGGAGGAUGUGCUGGUGUGCCUGGCCCACGAUGGCUACCUUGAGCCAGCGCUCAAGGUCUUGCCUGCGACACUCAACGGAUGGCGCAAGGCGGGAGUAAAGGCCAAUAUCACGAAGAACGUCCCACAGGUGGCGGUAGAGGUGAAAGCAUUGCCCGGUAGCUAA